UGUAAAACGACAGUUCCUGCUACCUUGGUUCUUUUGAACUACAACCUAUAAUUCUUCAUGAUAUUCUUGAUAAAUGAGUGAGAGUGAAAUAUAUUAUGGUGAUAUUGAUAAAGGACAAGGAGUGAGAGUGAAAUAUAUUAUGGACAGCUAAAUUUUUAUGGACAGCACCAUGUCCUCCUGCUCGUCUUCGUUUCUGUUUGCUUUUGAGACCGAUCUGCGGGAUCAGAUUGUGUCUACAACGCAGGAAGAAACCGGAGCUGACGGGUGCAAAAUCGGAGCUAGUCCUACUUUUCAGAGGAAAACUGAGAGGAAAAUCGAAGCGAAUCAAAGGAUGUGGUUAUGGCUUGAAUAGAUGAUAAUGAGGGAGGAGGUAGUUGUCCAAUGUCCUACUACUUCAUUUAGUUUUAGUCGUCCUCCUAUUCGUCAUCUUUAAGAUUCAGAAGUUCUCGUUUUUAAAAAAUAAAGGGCUUUCGAACUAUCAUGAGCGAAAAAAAAGUUGUCGUCCUCUAAUUCUGCGACGCGUCCAAGAGGAGCUUCGCGUCAAAGCCUUGCUAUACGAAAGACUCUUGACCAGCAACGCGAUCUCCGUCGUGGAGCGUGAGCAUAGUGGAGUCCAAGAAGCCGAGUCAGAAUGUGACAGGAUGUGGGACAUCAUCUUGAAAAGUCAGCAAUGGAGGUAUAACGGCAUGGGUCAAGAUGACGCGAACCGCCUCGAAGAUGGUGGACCAGACAAUAUUUUGACGGGAGCGCCUGGGAACUCAUUGCCGGCUAUAAUAGCUAGUGCGACAAGUACUACUGGCAGAACAAGAAACGCCUCUAAUGGUAGAGCUCAGCCUGUUGUGAAACCCCUUGUGCAAACUGCUGCUGCUGCGGGAGGUACAGGUAUAGGAACUUCGACAUCCUCAUCUUCCUACGGUACUACCACAGCUGCUAGAAAUAGCAACACCAACUAUGCUGGUUCUUCAGCAUCUUCAGCUACAGCAUCAUGGUCCACUCGCACUACCAAUACAUCAGCAGUUGGAGGUAGAAACAUAACUACAGUUGGAGGUGGAGGGGCUGGGACAACAACUACUUCUAGCAAGAAUUCGAUGAACCUGAGUUCUGCCAGUAUACUGGCAAGCUCUAGCAUAUUAGGAAAGAACGCAACAGGCAAAAAAUCGUUUAAUACUGCAUUGAGUGGCACGGGAUACGACCCAUCGAGAAAUUUGAACCUAGUAGCGCCAAGAUUGCAUCGCGGUGGGAAGACUGGGGGACUUUACGAACUACUCAGUUCUUUGCUUUUUCUAUGCAGAUUGCGGUACAUCAAAAUCGUCCAUGAUCUGCUAGCUGCUAAAGUCUCUUGCAUACUCUUUCAUCUUACCUUUCAUCGCUUUCCAUCUAGCAUAAACCGGCAUCAUUCAGAAGAUGGAUUUCAUAAUCGUAUCCCGCCUCCUCUCAGUCUCAGAAAAAUCUUUCUAAUUCUUACAGCCAGAUCCAGAAAACGAUAUGAAAAGUACUGGCGCACUCCUUGCUGGCGGUCCUUCAGGACAAAGUUCCGGAGCAGCCUCGUCUGUGGUAAGCAAGAUUCGACAUGCAACAUCAGACAUUCAUUCCUUUCUCUCUGCGCAGAUGGCGUCGUUGAGUGAUCAACAAAAUUCAAUCACUCUGAAGAUGAACAAGGUUGAUGAACCUCCUUUUUGAGGAACGUUGAACAAGGGUACUCGAUGUGUGCAAUAUUUUUUCCCCGCGCCCUUGUUGUACUAUUAAAGCUAAAGGGUCGUGC